AUGGAGGAGCUGAGCAGCGUGGGCGAGCAGGUCUUCGCCGCCGAGUGCAUUCUAAGCAAGCGGCUCCGCAAGGGCAAGCUGGAGUACCUGGUCAAGUGGCGCGGCUGGUCCUCCAAACACAACAGCUGGGAGCCAGAAGAGAACAUCUUGGACCCAAGGCUGCUCCUAGCCUUCCAGAAGAAGGAACAUGAGAAGGAGGUACAGAACCGGAAGAGAGGCAAGAGGCCCAGGGGCAGGCCGAGGAAGCACACAGUCAUGUCCUCCUGCAGCCGACGCGCUAAGCUCAAGGAACCAGAUGCUCCCUCCAAGUCCAAAUCCAGCAGUUCUUCUUCUUCCUCCACAUCUUCCUCCUCUUCCUCAGAUGAAGAAGAAGAUGACAGCGACCUGGACUCCAAGAGGGGCCCCCGGGGCCGUGAAACCCACCCAGUGCCUCAGAAGAAAGCCCAGAUCCUGGUGGCCAAGCCAGAGCUGAAAGAUCCCAUUCGCAAGAAACGGGGACGCAAACCCCUGCCCCCAGAGCAGAAGGCGGCUAGGAGACCUGUAAACCUGGCCAAGGUGCUGAAGACCACCAGGAAGGACCUAGGGACCUCCGCCAGCAGGCUGCCCCCUCCACUCAGUGCUCCUGUGGCAGGCCUGGCAGCCCUGAAAGCCCAUACCAAAGAGGCCUGCAGCGUCUCUGGCACCGUGGCGACCCCAGAGAACCUGGCCAGCCUGAUGAAAGGCAUGGCCGGGAGCCCCAGCCGCGGUGGCAUCAGCUGGCAGAGCUCUAUCGUACACUACAUGAACCGCAUGAGCCAGAGUCAGGCUCAGACUGCCAGCCGACUGGCACUCAAGGCCCAGACUGCCAACAAGUGCAGCCUGGGGCUGGACUUGAACGUGAGGACACAGAAAGGGGAGCUGGGGGUGGGCCCUCCGGGAAGUAAGGUCCUGAAGGCCUCUAGCAGUGGAGCUACAGAGCCGCAGAAAGGGAGCGGUUCAGGAGGCCAAGGUUCCCAGCUGGCCCCCACUCAGGAGCUGAGCCUUCAGGUCCUGGACUUGCAGAGUGUCAAGAAUGGCGUACCUGGAAUGGGCCUGCUCUCCCGCCACGCCACAGCCACCAAGGCCAUUCCAGCCACCAACCCGGCCACGGGGAAAGGUCCUGGGGGUGGCCCCACGGGAGUUAACGUGACCAGCACACCCACAGACACCAGCAAAGGUGAAAAGCUGGCCUCCAAGGCCGCAGCCCUGCCCGCCCCUUCUGUCAAAAGGGACAGUGGUAAGUGCACAGCGGCCUCCAGUGGACAGGGGGGCCACACAGUCCCAGGAGAAGGCCGCAAGGCACCUGCACUGUCCGAGGUGAGCACGGGAGAGGAGAAUAGUAGUUCUGACUCGGACCCCGACUCGUCCUCACUCCCCACCACUGGGCAGAACCUGUCGGUGUCUGUCCAGACCAACCAGGACUGGAAACCUACCCGCAGUCUCAUCGAGCACGUCUUUGUUACAGAUGUCACGGCCAACCUCAUCACUGUCACAGUGAAGGAAUCCCCCACCAGCGUGGGGUUCUUCAACCUGAGGCAUUACUGAGACGUUGCCCAAGGCCAACCCACCUUCCCGUCUCUGGUUUUGCUUCGACGCCUGACCUGGGGGCCAGCUCUGCCCUGUCUGGAGACUUAUGGCUGGGAACUGGUUUCUCUGGUGAUUCUACCUCUCUGGGCCUCUACUCCACUCUGUCCUGUCGCCUCAGGAAAUCCGGUUGGCCGCUGGCUCAAGGCUGCCUGCUUGAACAAAGCUUCUUCAGUACAAAGCCCUCCUUGGCCUAUUGAGACCCUCCCCUCCCUUAGAAGCCCAACUACUAUCAGGUGGAUCUGGGGAGACGCAUCAUCUCCCCAACCCAGUGGUGGGAGAGAGAGAGAGAGCAGGCCGGACCUUCUCCCAAGCCCAACUGUGACAGGGCCUUUGUGGUCAAGUGGGGAUUCCAUCCUUGGCAAGUGAGGCUGAGGAAUUAUAAAAGGAUAAUUCACGAAGUUGGGUUCAGGGACCUUGCAGAAGUCUACAGAACCCUGUGUAACUCUUCAGAGUGUCUGUCCCUGGUGCAGUGUCAUCUCUGGCCGCAACUGUGGCCCCAAAGUCCAGCCAGGGCCUGGAGGGUUUCAUCCCAGCACUCAGAUGUACUUCGAUGCUACUGGGUUUGAAAACAGGAGUCCUGAUGUCACUGCCGCCUCCUUCCUGCAAGCAGGCCCAAGCCCCAGUGAGAAGUGACCCUGUUCAGCCCUGGAUCCAGACCUGCACCCCUGCUCAGGCCCAGUAGAGUGCACCCCUGUUCUGAGGGCUGACACCCAGAGAAGGCUGAAGUCGGGAGCUUGGAGUCCUGGGCAGGCAGUCUUCCCCACUACUCGGGAGUUUGAUUACUAGGGCCAGAUAAAUCACCCUAGUAGCUCCAGGGCAGGAAUGCAGGCACUUCGCAGGCCUGCCACCCUGAUGCCUGUCUAGACUGGGUGUCUCUAGACUGUCACGCAAACAUCUUAGUUGAUUCUGGUGCAAAGCCCUGCUACUGAGUGGGCCAUUCUUGGGUACCAUUUCCCCAGACAAUCCUCUCCCACGUUUGGGAGCUGUUGUUUCCUUCCUAGCUGAGAAGCAAUGUCCCUGUGCCAUUUAUGUGGUGGGACAGUUUGACAGCCUGCCUGGCAGGGGGGCCCUAAUUCCUCCCUCAUCCUCAGGAGAUAGUUCCAGUUCUGAGCCCCUUUCUAGAUGCCUUCUCCCUGUCCCCCAUCCCAGGUAGCUGUCUUAAAACUACCUUGUCAGAUUGCUGGCCAAUGUCAGGAUUUCUUUCCUGGAAUAUCACCUUGGGACCAUGACAAUCUGGCCAGUAAGUCUGUGAUGCCAAAAAGGGGGGUGGGGGUGGUAUGGAACCCAUGUUUCUACUUAUGCCAUUGACUGGUCAGCCGGCGCGUGUGGACUCUUCAUUCCUGUUGCCUUGAAGGGAAGAGUCCCCUUCCAAAACCAGCCCAGACAGUGGGCUGUGGUGUCUGGGACCCGCCACACUUUCAAAGUGCCCCCACCCCCCAAUAGCUCACCCCACACACCAAAUAAGAGACGGUCUUUGUGUGACCAAACCGACCUCAACACUGUGCCUUUUGGGACAGCCCCAUAUCCAUGGCUCCUGAGAGAGGCCCUGUGAUGUGCUGCAGCCUCUGCAUCCAGCACCAAGGGACCAUGCUGCUGGCAGCAAGAGCUGCCACUGGAGAGAAUCCAGGGCCAGGAAGUGGGUAGCAAGGGGGAAGAAUUGCCUACUGGGCUGUGAGCCUCCCUCCCUGUCCUCAGCCAGGGUCCUUUGCUGCCUUACCCAAGGUUUGCAGCUUCUUUUGUACCAGACACGGCCUUACAGGCACCUCCAUGCCUUUUGGGGAUCGCUGAGCUGUUGGAGAAGUGACCAUGUUUGGGGAUCUAGGUUGACUGGCAUUGUCCCUCCUGCCGGGUCUCCAAACCCCAGUUUGGUGCCUUUAUUUUUACCAGUUAUUUCAAUCCCAAAGUUGAAAUCUACAAAUACCUUCCUCCCAGCCACUUUGCCUUCUUGUGGUGUGUUUCCUCCCGGUGCUGUGAUCCCAGUGGUCUGUGUUACAAAGCAUGUGUGUGGAGUGUGCCCACAUGAGAACCCGCUGGAGAGGCACACCACAUGCUCCGAGUUGAGUUCUCAUGUUUACCAAUAAAUAAAAGUAGUUGCUUUUUUA